AUGUCAGCUUUACAGUAUUCGCAACGUGAAAAUCAACUAACCGAUCUAUUGUCGCCAUUUAAUAGUGAUCCGCGACGAAGGACGGUGAGGGUAGUGGAUGAUCCGAGAGCCGGUGCUUUUCUAGAAAACGAGUCCGAGAUCCGAGUAGAUUCACCGGAUCUGGCUCUAUUUUACCUUAACACUGUAGCUGAUCACAGAAUUAUCGAAGAUGAAGAAACCUAUCGAACGAGUCAUGUGUUUGUAUUUUUGUCAGUCUACGCUUACCGUACUGGUACUAAUGAACUGGAAGGUGGCCGGCGGCGUUUGGCCAUAGUCGACUUGGGUUUAGGUGAACGAAAUUCGCAACGUGGUGAAUUAACAAUGCCAGCUAUAGGAAGUAUUUUACUUGCUUUAGUUCAAGGACAAAAACAUCUACCUGCCAGAGAAAACUACCUUUCGCAGUUGCUCAAAUGUGCUAUGUGCUCAUCACGUCUAACCACCUUUAUGUGUUCCUUUGCCGAAAAGACUGACGACAACGAGAAUGUGGUCCAACUUGCCAGUAAAUUAACUCGAGCUAGACGUAACGCUAGGAAGAAUAAGGUCGGCUCGUUUAACUUGACCUCCUCAUCGCAUUCAUCCGGUGUACCGCGUAGUGAGAUUGAAAGCGGGUCAGAGAUGAGCGGUGCCGAGACGGUGAUCUUUCUCGGGCCAUCACCGUCUCACAGUCUUCACAGGACCAAUCCCAUCUAUCCGUCCAGCAAUCUAUCAAUAAGCUCAAAAGGACACACGCCAUUUCUCUCACCGUCUUUACGUCUAUAUGACGAUCUCUGCUCACCACCCGGUACAUCCGUAUUUUCUCCGUUUAUUGUUAAUCGCGAAGAUUACGGUGUCACCAUUGCAAGUCCGAAGCGUUCAAAAAGUUGUAAUCUUGACGAUGACAAACGACAAGCGAUUAUGCAAUGGGUGGACACUUGUGAACCGUUACUGUCACCAGAUGACGAGCCGUAUACGAAUGUCGAUCGACCUCGUGAAAUUCUUUCGUAUCCAUUGGAGGACAUUAUUGAACAAGACGAGGAGUCAAUGAGGGAAUCGAUGUUGUAUGUGAUAGAUGCCGGUUCUGAUGAAGACGCACUCGAACGAGCUAUGGCCGCUUCCGUGUCAUCCAUACGAUCACACGAUAUCCUGGCGAAACUUAACGAUGAUAUCGCAGUGGAACUCGAUGACGAAAAAUUGAAAAGGAAACGAAACAAGUUGGUCUUAAACUGCUGUCAAAACUCAAUGAUGUCGUCAGGUAGUACUGUAGUUGACUGGAAUUUUCAGCGUCUUGGGCUUGGCCGUGAGGCAGACGGUUUGCGUGAACAACAGAGACGGCUGAGGAAAGAACUUCAAGAUGCAAAAGCGCUUAUAGGACAGAUUGACGAUGCUAGGUACCACUUCUUCUUUUCGUUAAUAGUAAGCUUGACAUCUGUAAUGAUAAAUGCUUACUUUCAGGAGAAUCGAAUUCUUGAGAAACGACUAACCGCGUGCCGAAAUCAUACGAUGUUUGUGACAACAUUCCUGUGA